UAGAGAUAUAGAGACAAUGGAGAGAGAGAGAGAGAGAUGAGAGAUUAAGAAACAUAGAUGGUUUGGUGCUUUUCAAGAAAGAUUCCCACAUUAAACACCACGUGAACCCAAACAGAAAGUCCCCUCAAAGAUAUUCUGUCCUUUGUUCCCAAGAGAGAUAGAGAGAAGAGAAAGAGAGAGAUGGCUCUUUCCGGCGAAGAAUUUGACGUGAUUGUGGUGGGUGCAGGCAUCAUGGGCAGCUCCACCGCCUACCAACUUGCGAAAAGGGGCCAAAAAACGCUCCUACUCGAGCAAUUUGAUUUCUUGCACCACCGGGGCUCAUCUCACGGCGAGUCCCGCACCAUACGUGCAACCUAUCCGGAGGAAUACUACUUUCCGAUGGUGAUCGAGUCAUACAAGCUUUGGGAGGAGGCUGAGUCUCAAAUCGGGUACAAGGUCUACUUUAAGGCCGGACAUCUCGACAUGGGGGACUCCCACGACAAGAAUAUACGUGGCAUCAUACAAACUUGCCACAAACACUCCGUCUUGCAUGAAGUUCUCGACCGCCGCCAAGUGGCAGACAAGUUUUCUGGGAGGUUCGACAUUCCUGAGAAUUGGAUUGCCGUGUUUACCGAGUAUGGUGGGGUUAUAAAGCCCACAAAGGCAGUGUCCAUGUUCCAAGCGCUAGCAUUUCAAAGGGGUGCUGUUCUGAGAGACUGUACGGAAGUAAAAGAUAUUAAAAAAGACAACGGCAUCAAAGGGGGAGUGUGGGUUUACACCAGCAAUGGAGAAAAGUUUUGGGGUAAAAAAUGCGUGGUGACGGUCGGGGCUUGGACGAGAAAGUUGGUUAAGAGGGUAAGCGGGGUUGAGCUGCCUAUACAACCAUUGGAGACGACAGUGUGUUAUUGGAGGAUUAAGGAAGGGAAUGAAGAGAAGUAUGCAAUCGGAGGGGAUUUUCCAACGUUUGCAUGCUACGGGGAGCCAUAUAUAUACGGGACGCCGUCGUUGGAGUAUCCGGGGUUGAUCAAGGUGGCGGUGCACGGCGGGUAUCCGUGUGAUGAGGACAAGAGGCCAUGGGGGCCGGGAAUGGGGUUGGGGAGUUUGAAAGAAACGGUUGAGGAGAGAAUGUCAGGGUUGGUUGAUUCUGGGGCGCCGGUAGCCACUCAAUUGUGCAUGUAUUCGAUGACACCUGAUGAGGAUUUUGUGAUUGAUUUUUUGGGCGGGGAGUUUGGGAAGGAUGUUGUGAUGGGAGGUGGGUUUUCGGGGCAUGGAUUCAAGAUGGGUCCGGUGGUGGGGAGGAUACUGGCUGACCUUGUGCUUACUGGGGAGGCAAAAGGGGUGGAGCUAAAACACUUCAGGAUUCAAAGGUUUGAGGAGAAUCCUCUUGGGAAUGUCAAAGAUUUUUAAGGAGAUUCAACUCUACUCUUUUAUCCUCAAUAAAUUGAUGAUCCGAUUCAAUAAAAACCCGUUUGCAUGUGUUUGUAAUAAACAUUUUGCGGCCGUUGACGUCUUAUCUUUUAUUACGCUGGAGCUACUCUUAUCUUC